AUCCACCACGGCGGCUAGUCAACAACCCUCAUCGUCACCAGUCAAUCCAAAUUACUACUCCUAUUUUAAUUCGCCCUCACCAUCCCCGUACCCAUGUUUGCGGUCAGCGGAUGGAAUCUCGAGGCUGGACCAAAGACUCAAGUCGACGAGUCGGUCAAAAAGAAGAAGCACAAAUCAAAGUCCUCCAGGUCCGCAUCGAGCAGCAAUGCUACUCCGAUUACGAACAAGAGAUCCCCGGCAAAGGAACCCGAACCGGGAAAGAGGAUACCCAAGCCUAAAGGGGAAAAGCAGACUGUGGUGACUUCUGAGAAUGUUCUCGCGUUAUACGAGAAGAUGAUAGAGGGAAAGAAGCCAGCUAGGAAGCCGAGGGAUCGGAAGAGGAGAAGAAAAUCAGCAAAGACAGAUCCUCUGGAGGCAGCAUCGUUGGCCGUGGCGAAGAAACGGAGCAGAGCCUGCGACGAGGAAGACGGUGAAGCGCCGACCCCCAGCACCAUCGGAGAUGUAGAGGGGGGGAUCUCAGCACAGAAUGGUAGCCAGACUGUUUCCCCCAAAAAGAAGAAAGAGGUUCCGGGGGUGAUAAAGAACGCAUAUACGGCAUCUUCCGCAGCUAAUACCGAAGCCCAGUCUGACUUGACCGAAAAGACUCCGGGAUCGGCCCCCAUCUCUACCCUGACCCCUCUCCAGCUGAGGAUGCGUCAGAAACUCUCUUCAGCCCGGUUCCGGCAUAUCAAUGAAAUUCUCUAUACUACACCGUCCUGCUCCUCCCUUAGCCUAUUCAGUGAACAACCCGAAAUGUACCAAGAAUACCACAGGGGCUUCAGGCAGCAAGUUGAGGUCUGGCCUGAGAAUCCCGUCGAUAUCUUCAUCCAGAAGCUGCAGGAGCGAGGGAAAGUCAAGUUUGAGCGGGGUCAUAAUAAAAGGUGGAACUCUAGCGCUGGAGGGAACCUAUUCCCUCUCCCAAGAGACAAAGAGGAGGGAUGGUGUACAGUAGCUGAUCUUGGAUGUGGGGACGCCAAAAUAGCAGCUACCAUCAACCACCAGAAGCCUCGGGGUAAAGCUAAAGUCAAAAUCCUUUCUUACGACCUCCAAGCUAGUACCCCUGACGUAACUGUCGCCGAUAUCGCACAUCUACCCUUGGAGCCAGAUUCGGUAGACGUGGCCAUCUUCUGCUUGGCACUCAUGGGCACAAAUUUCUUGGACUUUGUCGAGGAGGCGCAUCGGAUCUUGAGAUGGAAAGGUGAACUUUGGGUUGCCGAAAUCAAGUCCAGGUUUAGCCGCCCUAGUGCAAAUGAGGUAGAGGAUGAUAUAGAGAUGGAGGAGAAGCAGAAAAAGGGGGAUGGGCCUUACAAACCAUUUGUGGAUGCGCUUUCCAAGCGUGGUUUUGCCCUUAGGGGGGGGGUGGAUGCGGGGAAUAAGAUGUUUGUGAGGAUGGAAUUUGUGAAAAUGCAGGAAAAGUCACAGAGGGAUGAUAGAGAUGGCGGGAGCUGGGAGCCCAGAGCGAAGAAGAGGUUGAAGUUUGUUGAGAAUGAUGAGGUCCGAGAAGACCAGAUAUUGAAGCCUUGUGUAUAUAAAUCGAGGUAGGAUGGUGACCACGAGAAUCUGACUUUGAUGAUGGCAUUGGGUAUGAUCCCGGUUGUCAGAAAACAGACAUGUGUAUUUAGAGAUAGUGAAAGCUGAUAACCUAACCCCAGUGGCUGGGAAAUACAUUACCUGGCUGUUAAACGAGUAGACAAACAGAACUUGGAUUGAAUU